GUCACGUUCGCUUGUGUUAUUCUGCUGUACAGUAGAAGAAAAAACGGGAAAGCACGCAGCCCUUUUCUUUUCUAUUUUGUCAUCAUCGCAAGCGUGGCAAACACUGCUGGCGCACAGACACAAUAGCAUUCACGGUGAAGAGAACGUUGCGACCGGCACAUACAUUCACCUCUAAGAAGCAUAGCAGACACAGAGCCUUCUCCCUGCUCGAAAUUUUUCUCCGCCAUCACAAUGCAGCGACCACCAGCGGACACGGAGGGGACGACGGCGGCUUACACCUUCCGCCAGCCUCCGCAGGGCUUCCAAAAGCCGAAGUUCCGCGAUCCAUCAGGACUCAAAGACAGCGAGAAGCAAAAUAGCGGCUCACAGCGGUAUGGCAACGUCAUGAACGACCGCCGUGUGUACCGCGGCAACACUUACGCGAACCCCAUCAUGUCUACCGCCGCCCGAGCUGAGAUGGAGAAGCGGGAGAUGGUGGACACGCAGCGGCGCAAGCAGGCCUCGCAGCGCGCUGCCUCGAUCAAGCGGCGCAAGCAGCUGGAGUCGGCGCGUCGCCACAUGGCCACUCCUGACCCCGGCGAGGGCCGCGAGAACAUCCCGAUUCAGACUGAGGAGUACCUCGAGGAGCUCACCGACAAGGUGGAGCAGGUAGUGCAGGAGACGCAGACGGACCCGCUGAUGGACCGGCCGGCGACGCCGAAGUACAUCCCGACCAAGUCUGGCCGCGACGCCGAGACGCAAAUCUACGAAGGCGAGCUGUUCCGCUUCGACGAGGCGGUGGAGCCGAUUUUGGAGGUGCUGGUCGGCAAGACGCUCGAGCAGGCGAUGCUAGAGGUGAUGCAGGAGGAGGAACUGGAACUGCUGCGGCAGCAACAAAUCGAGUUUGAGCAGCGCCGCAAGGAGGAGUUGCUGGAGGCGCAGAAGCUGGAGUCAGCAGAGCGUCGAAAGUUUGAGGAGAAGGAGCGCCGCAAGAAGCAGGAGAUGGAGCGCAUCCAGCGGGAGAAGGAAACGCGCGAGAAGCUGCAAGCCCGCCAGUUUGCGAAGGCCUACAUGACAAACAUGGAAAACCGCGUCAUCUCACGCUUGCAAGACGAGGGCUGGUUUGCCGAUCGUGUGCUGAACGAAGUGGAGCUCGACUUCUUCCCGUGGCUGAUGGGUGAGGUGGACAAGGAGCUAGAGAAGAAGAAGAAGGCUCGCUCGCUUGUAGACGAUCUUAUUCGUGAGGUCGUGCGCAUGAACGCGCUGCAGUUAGAGGAGAGUCGCGCCGCACAGCAAGCGGAAUCAGCGUAG